AUGGAUCAAAUGUUUAGAGCCGGAGAGUUUGUUCAUAGUCAUUUUCACGAAAUGAAAUUCAACUUCUCUGAUUUGUAUAGUAAAUCUCCGCAAGAAAUUUAUGUACGGUCUAGUGACUAUUCCAGAACUCUCAACAGGUGAGAACUACAUGACUGUAUACCUUAGUCUUCUUUCCUGCUGUUUUUUUUGUUUUUUUUUUUUGUCGUCAUGCAGUGAAUGCUGCUCUGCAUCACACCACAAAAAUAUGGGUGCAUAGAAGACUAGAAUUACCUGGGUCUCUGUGAUGUCUUGUGUUUUCUCAAUAGCACUUAAAGUUGUGUUCUACAUUGGUUGUAAAGCAAGCCAACGUGGAUGUCAUUUCUUUGUCUUGACUUUUUUUUAAGUGCACUGAGUUUUCUUCUUGGAUUAUACCCACCAAGGAACCAAACGCUUAAUGUCUCUUAUGUUCACGACGUUUUCCAUGCUCCAUAUGACAUACAACAGGUCAGUGUGUUACCAUCAUAAUUUCUUCUUUUGACUUUAUAGGGGUCAGUGUGCAAAGAAAGUAGCGUCCGAUAGCCCGGGGCUAGUGGAUUUUGCUAUCUGGCUAGUGAAUUCUGUCUUUAACUUGCCCGAUGGGCAAGUGAUGUUUUUUUGAGGAAUUCGAAUAACAGAAGAACUGUGAAAUCAAUUCUGCUUGUCAAAAAGCUUUUGGGGCUAGUUGAAAUGAUGACUAGGCUAAUAAAUACUAGCUUCAGCUUGCCCAAAAGGCAACCUGUAAAAAUGAUUUUCUUUGCACCCUGCUUUAUAGGGGAACACCAAGGUUAAGAAUUCCUUGGUGGCCAGAGGCAAACUAGAUGGCUAUUUACAAGUGUGACUAAGUAGUUCAACCUGGGACUUAACUGAAAACAAAUUCAGCUAGCAGUUGGGUUGGGGACUGAACUAGGUACCUCCAGGUAGUAAUUCCAGUGCUCUAACCACUGGACCAGAUUACAAUGAUUCCAGCACUCUAACUCCUUGGUUAAGAAGAAAGAGAAAAGACAGUCAUGCUGGCCCAUGACUGAAGACUGCCAUGAACCAACUCUAGGAGAUGCUGGCAACCAGUGUUAGCCUAUUUUAAGCUUGCUGUUCCCUUAAGCAAUUUGAAACCUGCAGUUAGCUCAUUGAGCUAACUGGGUGGUGCUCUUUGUUCUGGUGUUACAUGUAGUUGCUUUUUCAGACUUGCUUUCAAAUAAUAAGGGAAAGUUCAUUUAAUAUGACAAGGUGGGGGGAUGAAGAUAUUGAAACUCGAAGCUUGAAAUUUUAGCAGCCCCCCUCGCUAGCGGUUCAAUUUUUUAGGAGCCCCCUCCUUGGUAGUCGAAAAAAUUUCAGAGCCCCCAUCCUCCUUGAAUUCCUUUGCUCCCCUGAAAAAAGAUCGCUAGACUGUAUUAAAUAUAUUUACCAUUAUUGUCUUCAAUGGUUUAUACUAUGACAAACUUGAGAUACAGUUGUGAUACAAUUUUCUUAAGCAUUUUUAGGAUGAACAAGAGUGUAAUAAUUACUGAGACUACAUUUGUUAUAUCUGUAAACCACGUGACGUAGCUGAGUUGCACAGGUCAUAAAUUGUUGAGUUGAAAACCAUCCGAUCUGUAUGAUGAUGUCAUGUGUUGGUUUUGAAGUAUACAAAUUUUCGGAGCCCCCCCUCAAUAUCUUCACCCCCCCUUGUCAUAUUAAAUGAACUUUCCCUAAUGCAGGAAACCCUCUAUAACCUCUACAGAAUGAACAUAUCUCGUUAUUCUGACGGUUGUUUUGGUCCCAAAGAAACCAAAAUUCAUUGCCUCAGUUAAAAUUAAUGCAACUAUCCCUGUUAUGUGGGCACUUGGCUUUGCUCUCUUUGGUGUCCACAUCAGUGAAAUCUGACUGUAUUUACAUUUUAUUGGCAGGUUCCAAUUCACACUGUUGCUGUCGAGAAUGAUCAGCUCCUAAGAGGGUGGCUUUCCUGUCCUGAGCUGACGAAAAAAGUCACUGCUUUCUAUGAGAGUAAAACAUUUCAAGAGAAAGAAGCAGAAAGUGCCAGUCUUAGAAAAACACUGGCAAAUGUAUUGGGGAUUGAGAAAAUUGAACUCAAAGACUUCUAUAAUGUGUAAGUAAGAGCAUUAUAUUUCUGAUCGGUCAAAAACCACAAAAACAUGUUAUUUUAUACUGAAAAGCAAACCAGAAGUAUGAGUUUUAAGUGUAAAGAAAUGACGUCCCUUGACAUUUUGCUCUUUUUAGGUAUGACUACGUUAAUCUUCAUCGCAUGUACAACCACACUUUUAGUCUUAACAUCACUGAAAAGGAGUGGGAUAAGAUUGAAUCGUUGGCAGAUUGGGUGGAAUAUAACAAAUACAGCAAAGGAAUUAUCGGUGAUAUCGGCGGAGGACUUUUGGCCAAUGAGAUUGCCAUGAGCUUCAGAAAUGUUACAGAAAAACCAAGUAAACUGAAGGUUUGUUUGUUUUUUAAGACAUCCUUUACCCAUCUAGGUCUUAACUGCUUUUUAUAAGACCCACUUCAUACCUUUAAUUUUAUGGGUGCUCUUCUUAUUUCUUCCGAGAAAACCACUGUUGAUCGAUCGUGUCGACGGCUUCCUCGUAACAAGGGAUGGUUCGAGGACGUAUACCGGCACAAACACUGAUUAGAGGUUCAAGAAAACGUUCCGUGUAUCAGAAGCCACCUUUACCUUUAUCCUUGGUGGUAUUCAAUACGAUUUACGACGUAAUACUGUCAUCAUCAUCAUCAUCAUCAUCAUCAUCAUCAUCAUCGUCAUCGUCAUCGUCAUCGUCGACAAAAAUCACACAUUUCAGCGUUCAUUAAUCAGUAAUAAGAACUAAGUUAUUUAACAAUGAAGUGCAUUUAUUUAUUUUAUUCUUUUCUUUUCAGUUGCGGUAUUACUCAGCUCACUAUCCUACCAUGUUAUCGCUGUUUACUUCACUUGGGUUAAUCAAAGAUUCUCAGAGUCCUUUGAGUAAAAUCCCGAAUUAUGCGUCUCUUGUGUUCAUUGAACUACUGAGGAAUUCUAAAAACAAAUACUUCGUUCGAUUUUCUUUCAAGAAUAAUUUAUUGGAGGUAAGUUUUUUCCCCUAAAUGUUUAUGGCAACCAUGCAUUUUCCUUAGAGUGAAUUAAAAUCAAACAAGGCCCAUAAUUCGUUAUAUUUCUUGCAAGCUAUUUUCUGUUUUAGAAGACGUGUUUGAUGAAUUAGAAAAUAUGUAGAACGUGGCCUGGUUUUUUAAGUUUCAAUCAAAACAGCAGUCUUGUUCUGAAAAAAUUCACGAUCACAACAUCACUAACAACAGUUCCAAGCUCAAAUCGCCAGAAUAAUAGCAUUUACGGGCUGAAAGAGUUAUCAGAUCAGCAAGUAAGUAACCUGGAAAAAACAACCGACAUUUUGUGACGCCAUCGCUGGUUUCCCCACAAAAUGACGUCUGAGAAACGAGUGCAGAAAUUCCAUACUGAUGACGCGUCACUACCCAGGUGGGAAGUGUUUCUGAUUGGUUGAACAAAUUUCCUAUGCGGCACGACCAAUCAGAAUCACCACACAGAACUGGGUACUGACACGUCAUCAGUAUGGGAUUUCUACCCUCUUUUUUCAGACGUCAUUUCGCGUGGAAACCAGUGGUGGCGUCCAAAAAUGUCGGCUGUUUUCUCAGGCUAGUAGGUAAGAAAUACAGCUGUUCUUGCUUUUUAACAUCUCUCCUUCUCUCGCUUACUUACUACCCUGUAAUCAGAUUGAAAUGCGCCAAAUUCUGCUAGGGGCUCGAGCCUUUAGAACUAGCGUUUCGAAAAACGAUCGUGUUUUUGUUGCCUUUUUGUUUUUCGUGGUUCCGCGACUGAAGAUAUUCUCUAUUCCUUCCAUGUCUUCUCCUGCCUACACAUACCUUCAUCUAGUUCGUCACGCAAUCAUAUUUCUGAAGUGCGUAACAAAGCGAACGCGGCUUUCAUGCACAGGAGGCUAUAGAGUGACGUAUAAUCUGCUGAUCAGGCGCAGGCUAGGUGAUAUACUAUUGAGGAUAGCCUUGUGAUGGACUGGCGUCCUACCAAGGUGGGGGGGGGGGGGGGGGGGGGAGGAGUAAGACUUUUAAAUGCUCUCGGCCUUUAAUAGAAACGUAACAAAAUGUUGUGGAUAACUUUGUGAUGAACUAGCAUCAUACCAGAUGGGGAAGGGGCAUUGUAAUGCUCCUAUUGCUUAUUCUACAGAGAAUUCUAAAAAUGCAACAGUCGCUACAAGGUUAGCCAAUCACAGGGGUGUCCUUUGAUGGACAUCCAUCCUUUCUAGGCUAGAGUACCUUCCACGUCACUGAAAUUCAGAUAAGGCUCCGGCCGAGUAGUUUUCGUUUGACGUGCGUGAGUCUUUCUGAUCUACCUUUAUGGUUUUUUUCCCUAGGAAACUGUAGUAAAAUACAAAAUUCCCCGAUGCGGCGAUCCAUGCCCCCUGGACCAGUUUGUGAAAAUUGUGACAUCUCUUGCAGUGCGUGAUGUCACUUCUUGGUGUCACGCAUGUAAAAAUACCAAAUUAUCGCAGUGUAAACCCUCAGGAGAAAAUGGUCGAAAAACUAUGUGUCCCGCUGUGAAAAAACCUAAAUUAUCUGGAACCGGUGGCUUUUUUCUCGGUGUGUUUGUCACGCUCCUAGUGGUGAUUUUUAUAACUGCAGUGUGGCACUUUUGGUUGAGGAGACGCUGUCUACCUGGAGGAAGUGGCAGGCGACCGAGGAUUGGACUAUCUGAUUUGGAAAAUGUCCCUUCAACUGGGGUGAUAUGACUGGAAUGACAAUUGAUAGAGCCACGUCUGGCCAAAGUUUUGUCCAGUCUCGGUGUUUGUAUCGCAAAACUACAAAAUACAGUGUUCUGAAACUGGACCGCGUUUACUCUUGCAAAGACUUGUGGGGUCAUUACGGGAGACACGGAAGACCUUAGAUAACAAUGACCUCAACCAGGUUGUGGCGUCCAGCGGUUUUAGUGAAAACAAGGGUUUGACUGGGGUGCUCAGUCUGCGGGCUCAUAAAACCUAGUGUCGGUCAUUCUUAUUUAAGGAUUUUCCUGGGGACACUUCGGUCAGUUAUUAUCGGCCUUUUUUUUCCCCUUGUUCCCAGGAACAAUCCCAGAAGACUUUGCCAGUUUCCUUCUUGGCGUAUGGCGAAUGGGGUGAAGUUACAAUUCCAAAAUUUUUUAAGAAAUUGUAAAUAAAAGUCAAUGAAACCUUAAUGCUAUACACAAAGUUUCAGGAAAUCAGAUAAAAUUCUCUCUAUACAGACUAUUUUCUAACUGACCUCAGGGUAAUGGAUUUUCAUUUUUUCUUGCAUCUUCUUUCGAUCGAAAUGCACCCCGUACAAACACUGUAUUUUGCAGUAUUGUGAUACAAAUAUUUAGCCUGGGUAACCUGUGGUCCGACGCUGAAAAGGUGGCUGAUCGUGGCCGAGCGCGCAAAUGAAAUUUGGGAUCGCUAAGUCAAGAUGGCGAAAAUAAGACCUGCAAUUGUUUAGUCAGCGAAAAUUCCUUAUAGGUUAAUAGGGUUACUAUAUGUUCACAUUUGAUAAGCUAUACUUUGAAGAAGGUCUAAGAAUGAAACUAACUUUCAAACAAUAAGGUUGUAUCCGCGGCAGUUGAUUUUUGCGUCUCAUUAAACUUGUUUUCUAAAUUAUUCUUUUACUUAAAGUACAAGGGAGUGCCAGAAUUGACAGCUCUUGGUGCUCAUUUUUAUUGAAGACUUUUCCAAAAAGUUGUGUUUUUAAGUUGUUCGAUUAUCAUUUUUUUCUUGCAUUAAGAGGGCAAAACACUUGGAUUUUUGCUUCAGUUGAACUCACCUCAAAUUAGUUUUGACGUCAUACCUCGUGUUUAUAGCAACCUACAUGUAUUGCCUCCACAGUUUCUCAAAAUAUGUAUUAAGGAAUAAAUAACUGGCUAGUAAAGAAAUCGAGUUUUCUCUGCGUGUAUUGCAUUGUAUUUAAUUUCGUUAGAAAUAAACAGGCUUG